CACACAACUCAUGCCCCUCUACAGUAUAUAUACUGACUUCUAAAACAGACUUGCACACGCACAGCUGGUGGCUGACAGAACAGACUCAAAGCAAUAAUUAUGAAGGUCUUUUUGGUACUGGUUCUUGCUGUACUCACAGGUUGCCAGGCCAACUUGUUGUACGGUGAUGAGCCCAAACCACAACUGGAGAAACUGACUGAUGCUUUCUGGGAAUAUGUUGCCAAGGCAACACACACUGCUGAGGACACACUGAAAACGAUUAGAGAGUCUCAACUGGGCCAGGAAGUCAACACUAGACUUACAGCAGGUGCUAAUGUGGCCAUUGAGUAUGCUGUCACUCUCCAGAAACAAGUGAACCCUCUAGCCCAGGACAUCAUAACCAAAUUUACCAAGGAGGCUGAAGUUCUGAAGGAGCGUCUCAAGCAGGAUCUGACCACCGUGAGAGACAAAUUGGAGCCCUAUGCUGAUGAUCUGAAGACCCAAAUUCAGCAGAGAGUGGAGGAGCUGAGAGUAGCUGUGGCUCCUUAUGCUGAGUCCUUUGACUCUGAUGCUCUGAAAACCACCGUGCUGCAGAAGACCGAGGAGCUCAGGGGGAGUCUGGAGGAGAAAGUGAAGGAGCUGCAGUCCCAGCUGGAGCCCUACACUGAUGAACUCAGACAGAAAGUAGAUCAGCACCUGCAGGAAUUCCAGAAGACCGUGGCCCCUCUGACUGAAGAUCUUCAGGCCAAGGUUGCUGAGAGAGCCACUUUGGUUCAGCAGGGUCUGGCUCCCUAUGCUGAGGACCUGAGAGAGAAACUGGACCCUUAUGCCCAGAACCUGAAGGACCAGCUCACCUCUCUUUAUGAGUCCUUCACCAAGACCAACUAAAUACUCUAAACACUACUUUUCCACCACUGGAUUAAUUUUACACUCAUGAAAACUGGUAAAACUACCAUUCUGUAUUUUGAUAUAAAUUCCAUCAUUUUGCAAAAAUACAAAAACAAACUGUUAAACUUGCUAAAGGACCAGUUAAUUUCUCCUGUGCCAGGAACAUUAAUAUCAAAAUGUAUCUAUGUAUUAAUGGCAUGUUUCUAAGGAGCUGUUUGUCCUUUGUGAACAUUUUUUGUAUCAUAUCUAAAGCAAUAAUAUAUUUCCAUUUCUUGCAUAUAUCCUAUAUUAAAACAUCUGCCAAAUUGAA